UUAAGGUUGGAGCCCGUCUUUGUCGACUUUCUUUUUUUGACGCAGCCGAAACUAUUGUUUCUAUAUCUUGUCAAUUCAAAAUUUUGUUUUUAAUUUGGUUCCACUUUGAAUCAUCAAAAAUUAUGGAUAACUGACGAAAAAAGGUUUUCUAGGAACCCCGAUUAAAAAUGCAAAAGAAAUUAGAAGAAUAGAAUCCUGUGUUGUCAUGAUAAAAUUAUUCAAAGAUACAUUUGAAAAUAUAGCAUGAGCGAGUGUUACACGAUAUUGAUAGAACAUGGCUUCGCUUAUAAAAGUGUUUGUAUUCUGCUGUUCCGUAUCGUACUAUGCAAGCGCUUUUAACUUGGAUAAACGCGUAUCUGGAGCUAAAUUUUUACCCUCGGAUUCGUACAGAGAAUUAGCUUAUCAUUUGUGGGAAAAAGAAAAAGAACAAGCAAACGUUUUGAAAUUCAAUGCAGUGCUGUUUGGAUCAAAUUGGACAUUAGUAAAACCGACAGCCACACUAGAAGUUGGUUUAAGUGGAAGCGGAGAGACGGAAGAAGAAAAACUAUUUGCAAAAGACAUUAGAAUACGAUAUGGAUGUGAGCUUUUCAACGCAUCAGCAACGAAGUGUUCAAGCAGUAUUACACUCACUGUACCAAGUUCAACUAUUAACUUGACAUCAAACGGGAAAAAUUCCAUCGCGAUUAAGAGCAACGACGAGAAAAGUGCAAUUUUGAUUUGUCAACCGAGAGCAGAACAAUUUUGUGAAUCUUCAUCUUAUUCAACGGGUGCUUGUUAUCUUACCACUGUAAACCACACUAACAACAAAGAAGAACUUUUCACAGAUACUCCUGCUUGGAAAGAGAUCACUCCAUGUUGGAAAAGUUGCUAUCCGACUAUCGUUGACUUGGCGUUUGUUGUCGACGGAUCAUCUUCCGUGAAGAAGAAAAACUUUGAACGUGUAUUAAACUGGAUGGAACAAAUUGUCCAAGCAUUUGACGUCACUCAGUCAUAUCAAAUUGCGGUUGUAAAAUAUGCAAGAAAACAAAAAACAAAAGUAGAAAUUCAACUCGGGCAAUAUAAAACCCACGAGUCACUCCGAAAUGGAAUAAACCAAAUACAGUACAACCCAGGAGGCUCGCAAUCAAGUUACGCAAUAAAUCUCACAAUAAAUGAUGUUUUCAACGGGCCUAAUGGGCGAUUUCCAAAUGCAAGAAGAAUAAUGUUGUUUCUUACCGAUGGCAAAUCAUCAGACUCAAGCCUGCUAGAAUCAACCACAAAUUACGCGAGGCAGAAUGAUGUUGAGGCAUUUGCCGUUGGAAUAGCACAGUACAAGAUGAAAGAGUUGCUGAUGAUUGCUGGAGACCCAUCGAGAGUUUUCACUGAAAAAGAUUAUGACAACUUACCAAAUACAAUAUCCAAAUUACAACGCGGAAUUAGAGCUCUUGAAGGCGGCAACAAAAUAAGUCAAAAUAUGGGGAGUGGCGGACUAGAUCAAUGUAGUGCAGGCAUGUCUUCUAUAUUCGGCCGAAAGAAGGUAAAACGAUAUUUUUCUCAUGGAUAUUGUUUGUGUUGGAGUACUGUAUUGAAAAUGUGUUUGUUAGCCCGAAUGAAUGUUGUGUUGAAUGCGAGGGUUGGUAACUUAUCAUAUAAAAUCGAAUGGUUGUGUAUGCAUUUUGAUUUUGCCUUAUAUGCCUAUGUCAUUGGCUGUAUGUGUAUAUGUAUGGCUGUAUAUUCAUAGCACGUUACCAACCCUAUCGUAUUGUGAUGAUAAGGUGCAGCAGCGAUUCGGUUAAUGUUCGGAGAAAUUUCGGAGUCGGGUAAAAACUUUCACGCUGUCGAUACAGCAUCCUUAUAUACCUAUUUUUUUGAAUAAUGUCCCAACGUUGUGCUAUUAUCGUGUACCAACAAAAGUGAUAUUGCCGUAAAUGAUGGUUGUCUGAAAAUGUAACGGUGAUUUGGAAGUAUGUGGAGACCUUGCCCUGAUGACCUCAUCGGCGCAGUAAGUAGAUAUACUUUUUUGUGAGGUUAAAACAGUUGGUUUUGUAUAGUAAGUCUGUGUGCUAGAACCGGCUAAUGAACCAGUGGGUGUGGUAGCAGUAAAAGGUGAAUCACUUCUCCAGGGCUGGGCAUUUUCGAAUACCUGAUGGUUUCUGAAUCGAAUCGAAUAUUUGUUUCGAAUCAAAUCCCGAAUAGCCUACUUGAAAUAUAUGUAACUAUAUGUACGUGACUUUUUAUUACUGAAAACCAAGAAUCCGUCUGUAAGUCGGUUCGUCGAGUGCUGAAACACAAUGAGAAAGAUGUUUAUUUAAUAACUCACUAGGAAGAAAAAAGUCACAUGUCAGAAUUGUAUUUUGAAAAUAUGGCUUCGACAAAAAAAUUGAACAAAAAAAACAAACAAGAUGGAGGCCUUUCCAAAUUUUCGUCUGAACCGAUUCGAAUAAUUUACUAUUCGAUUCGAUAUGCCUCAGCCCUAAUAUAUUGCAAAAUAUAUUGAAUAUUUAGCAAAUAAAUCGAAUAUAUAUAAACGGGUCACUUAAGGAUUAGAAGGUUAGUAUUUGAUGUCGACAUUACAAAAACAAUAAUUUGAAAGGUUGGCAUCGAUAUUUUAACAGUAUAAAUAGAAAAUAGAUGCUUUUUUCGGCCUCACCGCCGCAAUGUACAAGGUAGGUAUCGGUGUAGAGACGGAUAUUGUGGAGCUAAUAAAAAAUGUGGUGAGGCGUGUGAACGGUAGGUAUGUGGGCCAACAAAAACGGUGCAGCAUGUCUGUGGACUGUUUGAGGACGAAGAGCUAUCUGCGUAAUUCCUUCCGAAUGGUCUCGGGGAUAUAUAUACGGACCACGGUAUUGCAAAGAGUAAGUAUAUAACGAAACACAUAGCCUUAGAAAAAUAAAUAAUCAAAUGAAAUCACUCAUUUGUAACCAAAAAAUCGGACGAAAUCCCUCAUUUAUGAUUCGGUCCAGUUGCAUUUGGUACAUAAACUAAGCUAUGUUCGUUGGAAUAUUUCUAAAGCUUUCCACACCAUUGUCCAUUCAUUCCAUCUAUAUUUAAGUAAGCUUUGUCACAUAUGGAAUUUAAGAUGUCCCAUUCAAUUGGAACAGGAUCUAUCUGCAAGACCAAAAACAAGUUGUGCAAUAUGACAAUUCAUUCUCUAAUAAUAUUUGGGUCAUGGAGCACGGAGUUCCUCAAGGAGUCAAGCACUUUGGUAAUUACUUGGUUCAAUAACAUUUUAGCUUAGAAGUGUCAAAACGAGUCAACCAUGUUUGCAAAUGACACUGAUUUGAUUCUCUUUGGGAUCAUCCUGGAAGAUCUAUUCACAGUUGCAAACCGAGAACUAGCCAACAUUCAUAGCUGGAUAUUGGUAAACGAAUUAUCUCUUCAUGCUAAUAAGAUUAAAUUUGUAUUAUUCAAUCCAAGCAAGAGAAGUGUGUGUUGUACAAAUCCUUUGCUGAUCAAUGGUAACGAAAUUGAAAGAGUGAGAGAAAUAAAAUUCUUAGAAGUAAUCUUUGAUGAAAAUCUGGCUUGGAAAUCACAAAUAGCAUAUACUAUUGGUAAAACAAAAAGUAAAUGUGAAAGUGUAAACCAUUAAUUUAAAAUGGUAAAUAUACUCAAAGUUGAAGAUAUAAUGAAAUUUGAAGUAUUAUCCUUAGUUUAUGAUGUUCAUAUCAAUUCAUUGCCAAACUGCGUUCCCUACAUACCUGUUAACUAAUUCGGUACAAAAUGUGGCAAUCUCUACAGGAAUAUUUAUUUAAAUUUAUGUUGUAUGAGUGAUUGUGUGUGCGUGUUUCAAUUACGUUAAUACUUGUGGGUGAGCGAACAUGUACGACUUCUCUUGACAACAUUUUUCAAUCUAAAAUCUGCACGUUUCAAACCUUUCUUGAGUUUUGUUCGCCCUACUGAUUCUGUGAUCAACUUUUUUAUUUGCUUUUAUCAAUUAUCUUAUCGUCGUUUAUGCUGAUUAUGCAGUCAAAAUAAAUUUAUACUCCCAUAUGUCCGAAGUAUGCUGCAUAAUUUUUGUAGUAGAUGUAACCAUCUAAAAGUUUAUUUCGUCAUGCGAGAAAUCAUUAAUAAGGAUCAUUUUUAUUAAAACUAUUUAACCACUUGUCGCUUAGAGUUAGGCUACUGAUAGUUGGUUUUAGCCUAGUCUAUCACACCUCUUUCGGGACUCAUUUUUGAAUAUGGCAACUAAAACUCCUCGGGAGAUAUAAUGGCAAUAAAGUUACUUGAUUUACAACUAAUUGUUGAAAACACAACUGAAUACUGGCAAAUUACACGCAAAACUACGAGAACAGGCAACGUUUACAAGCAUGAUCAAAUGUUUGUCUGAGUGGAAGAAGUAUCUGAGCGGCCGACAAAGUGCAAUUGUUACGUUAUUGUUGACUUAUUGCUGAUUGAUCAUUGUUAUGAAAAAACACAUAGAAAUCGAUGCUCGGGGGAACAUCCAUUGAGACACAAUAGAUUCGAAAAAAAUGUUGUGUUCGCGCAGCAGUACUUGAAAACACCAAGAUUCUCCAUAUCAUCCAGCCAUAGUUAACUUAAUAUAGUUCGCUCACGCUUUUUUCGUCUUUGUUUAUUUAUGUUACACAGUUCUCUCGUUACGCUUGAGUGAUGCGUCAUGGAUUUUCUCAACGCCAUAUUGUGGCGCGUGUCUUAGCUAUCUAUGUAUGUAUUUUUAUUUGCCUCAAAAAUGUACAGGUAUCUGCAUAAUAGUUAAACGUUAUAAAAGAGACGGGAUACAUGUUCAAGACAUUACUGGCCUAAGACACAGAUGUUCGACAUGCAACCCAACAAGUGUAACUGCAGUUUAGGACUGCUGCGUUAUAGUGGGACAACAGACAUGAAAUAUACAAAUAAAAUUCUUGUACAAUACACAGGGCAAAGGGGUACGGCACCACGAUGAUAUGUACAAUAGGCAGUUUAUGGCACGUUCAUGUCCCAGGUUCU